AUGGCCGGCGCCGCGGACAGCCAGCCGGCGGCCGGCCACCAUCCGCAGCAGGAGGCGGCCCGGUACUGGUCCGACUUUAUCGCGCGGUGUGUCGCGCAGCGUCUCUCUGGCGAUCGCUUCCGUGAAUUCGUGCGGCUCGUCUAUGCCCGAUACCAGCUGCACCCCCUCCUCAUCGCUGAGCUCUUCCUCCGCCCGCAGCUGUCCAACUGCGUCAGCCUCGACCCGCGCAUCCCGCCCUACAUCUGCGUCCUGACGGAGCUCGGCUACGUCGACGCGCCGUCCAUUCUGAAUCGGCUGUACAGGUACUCGGCGCUGCACGCCUACACCAAGCCCUUGGCGGACGCCGGGCAGGAUGCGAACGCGAACGACAGCAACAAGGAGGGCGACAAGGCCCAGGAGAAGACGCCGGUCCGCUGGAAGGACUCAACUUGGGCCGAGGAGGUCAUGUUCUACCACGUCAUUAAGACCAUGGCGGAGGGAACCGCGUUCACCGACACCAAGACGGGGCUUGAGCUGAUCAUCAUCGCCUGCAAGUGGAUGAACCUGCUUGCCCAAGUCAGCUCGAGAUUCGCGGCCGACAUUCUCGUGAGCGACCAUGAUAGGCUGGCCCGUGAAGGGCUGGCUACGGUGCGCCUCGCCCUCAUUCCGCUUGUUCUGCGACUGGAUAAUGCCGCCCUGCUUCGCAUCCUUGUCAGGCCACGGGCCAAAGUUAUCCGGAGAUUUCUGUCGGAUAGUCUCGGCGAUUUCAUACCGACAUGCCAGCCCAGCCCGUUUGUCGACAGGCUGGAAAUAUUCCGUACACAGACGCUGGUGCAGCUGGAGCCCAUCGACGGGAAGAAGAAGGCGACCAACGAAGCCAUGGAUGAGCUUCUUGAUUCUACCGUCGGCAUGGACAGCUUUGUCAUUGCUGACAUUCCCAUCGCCAACUCGAGAGCUGCGCUCUACGUGCACCUGAAUGCAGCGGCAAGUUUUGUCGGACGACCUGUGCUCGAUGAUGCCAUGCUCUACGCAUUUCUAAAUAACAAAUACCAGGAAAACCAACAAGCGAGCGCAAUCGACCUGAUCGUUGCCGCGUUCGACGUCCUCGCAAAUGCAGUCUUCCGAAAUGAAGGCCCAAAAGACGCCCAUCUCCUGCGCUCCUUCGUGGUCAACAAGUUGCCGCUCCUGCUGUGCCAGCUGUGCCAUCCAGAGUUCUCCGCCGCCUCCGCAGAGUUCUGCAUCACGGAGGCGCUCAACCGCAUCGACACCAGCAUCUUCCCCACAGCAUCUCUCAUGUUUGAUGAGACUAGGAAUAACAAUCCUUACAUGGACAGCGUGCGGGAGGAAUUCUGUGCGGCCUGCGCGCUGCAUGGGCUCAUAGAGAGAGACCACGUCGACCGCAUCCUGGGCGAGACGUCCAUGUCGUAUGACCCGUCGCUGGAGAGGGCCAACCGGGACAGGCUCGUCAGCGACUGCUUGUCUGACUCUGGCAAGAUUCAAAACAUUAUUUCACAACUAGACAGGGUAGAUGGCAAUGUUGGCGCCGUCGCCCAUGCCAUCGUGGAGUUGAUUCGGCAACUCUGCAUGAACAAGGACACAAUGUCGCUGAAGCUACUGUGCACGCAACUGGCGCAAAAGCCCCAAUCCCUCGACAUCAUUCUCCUUUUCGACAAGGUUACCUCGAUCCUCGAGCCCGUUUGCACGCUUCUCGACAAUUGGAGCUAUGAAGAGGAUCAGGGCGAGUAUCAGCCCGUAUACGAAGAGUACGGGGCAAUUCUGCUGCUAGUAUUUGCAUUUACAUAUCGCUACAACCUGUCACCACUGGACAUUGGUAUCCAGUCGGCCGACUCACACGUGGCCAAGAUCGUCAACAAGUCGCACAUUCUGCGGCCGCUGGACGAGCUGAGCGAGCAAGAGAUGGGACACGUAACGGGAUGGAUCAACGGCCUCUUUGACAACGAAACUGGUGGCCUGGGAGACGACCUCAUGUCCUCGUGCCCGCCGCACGAAUUUUACCUGCUCGUGGCGCCGAUUUUCCAGAGCAUCGUCACCGCAUACACGUAUGGCUACAUUAAUGAGGAGAGCCUGAAAGGUGGAGUUGAAUACUUGGUGGACACGUUUCUAUUGCCGUCGCUGGUGCCGGCGAUUCGGUUCUUGUCCGACUACAUAUGGGUGGACCAGAGGGAGCAAAAGUCCAUCGUCAAGGCGCUGCAGCUGCUGCUGACGCCAAUCUCCAUCUCCGGGGAGGCGAGCGCGGUGCUGUCGGCGGUGAAGAACCUGGUGGCGCAGCCGCUGGAGCACGCUCUACGAACGUAUCAGCGGCAGGACCCGCGCAACCAGGAAAUCGAGCCGCUGCUGCGGUCGCUGCGGGAGAGCAUACCGCUGUCGCGGCGGACCGGGGGCGCGGAGCACCACGAGAUGGAGUCGUGGGCGGGCAGCUCGAGCAGCGGGCUUUCCGGAGCGAUCCGGCACACGUUCCAGGGGCUGGUGCAAUGGAGCGCGCAGUCACCAGGCGCCGGCGGCGUCGGCGGCGUCGUCGCCGUGGUGCCAAACGCAAUGCCGGCCUCGUACACGCACCGGCAACUGAUUGCCGGGCAACGCAUCGUCGGCGUCAGCCGCCUGCUGCGUCUGCUUAUGGAAGAAAUCCGGCAGCAGAGCGAGCUUGGCAACGCGUCGGUGGCCUACGACGUGGCAGCAGCGGUGAUCGCGGCGGCGGACUCGACCAACGAGUUGCCGCCGCCGCCGAACCUACUCGACGCGACCGCGUCGGUGAUGCAGCCGCCGCUGCGGCCGCUGGGCCUGCGCGAGGCGCUGAAGACGGCGGCCGAGGGCUACAAGCAGCUUCUCAAGCACGACCCUUUCCUGGCGGAGGCGACGGUGCGGCUGCACCGCCGCGUCGAGGCGCUGCUGGCGCCGCCGCCGCCGCAGGUCAUGCUGCAGACGACGGACAUGCCCCUAGACCUAUCCGGCGCCGAGGCCAUGGCAGCGGCAGUGGCCGGCGGCGCGGACCCGAUGGCCGUGGACGGCCUGGACGGCACGGGCCUGGACAUGGGAUCGCUUGGCGCGGACCUGGGCGGCGGUGCGGGCGCCGAGGCGGAUCUGUUUGGCGGGCUGGACACGACGAGCCUGGACAUGUUUGACGGAUGGGACAGCAUGGACAUGGGAGUCAACUAG